AUGGCUCCUGCAGGUUUCCCAGCCUCCCUUCCUCUGUGUGUGUGUCUGCUGAUGGCCUCUGGCUUUGCCCAGGCAGGCAGGCUGCUGGUGGUACCCAUGGAUGGGAGCCGUUUCUUCACCAUGCAGUCGGUUGUGGAGAAGCUCAUCCACAAUGGACAUGAGGUGGUGGUAGUCAUGCCAAAUGUGAGUUUGCAACUGGGAAAAUCCAUGAAUUUUACAGUGAAGACAUACUCAAUUUCUCACACUCCGGAGGAUUUAAACCGGGAGUUCAUGGUUUUUCUUGAUGCUCAAUUGAAUCCUCAGUCAGAGUUAAUGACUAUUCUACUAGCGAGUUCAGGCAUAGGUUUCUUUGAAUUACUGUUUUCACACUGUAGGGAUUUGUUUAACGACAAGAAGUUAGUGGAGUACUUGAAGCAGAGUUCUUUCGAUGCUGUGUUUCUGGAUCCUUUCGAUAUGUGUGGCUUGACUGUUGCCAAGUACUUGUCGCUCCCGUCCGUGGUCUUUGGCAGGUCAAUAUUUUGUCACUACCUUGAAGAGGGUGCCCAGUGCCCCAGUCCUCCGUCUUAUGUUCCCAGAGAUGUCUUGAAAAUCACGGACACCAUGACUUUCAUGGAGAGAGUGCAGAACCACCUCGCCUACAUGGGGGAGCGUGUAUUUUGCCCCAGCUUGUUCAAAACUGCUACAGAAAUUGCUUCUGAAGUUCUCCAGACCCCAGUGACUGCUUCUGAUCUCUUCAGUCAAGUGUCCAUUUGGCUGUUACGCACGGACUUUAUGUUGGAUUUCCCCAGACCUGUGAUGCCCAAUAUUGUCUUCGUUGGUGGGAUCAACUGCCACCAGGGAAAGGCACUCUCUAGGAUCGUGUCCAAAUGUUAA